ACACCGAGGAAGAGUAGACGAAGAAGAAGGCGACCAUGUUGAUUUAAAGGAAGAAGAAACACAAUAGAGACGAUUCAUUUCAAGCAAAAUUCAGUUGUUUAAGUAAUUUCUAAAGAUAGAAUUGAUCACCCGCAAACUUGGCAUUCCUUGUAAAAUAACGGAGAAGUUAAGGUGACAAGGUUGAGUUGUUGGCUGACUUUGAGGAGGCAGCGGGUUGAUCAAGGCCACACUCACACUUCACACACUGACUUGAAUACCUGUGGUUUUCAGGAAGAAAAGGUUUAACACCUGGAUUGGAAAGGAAACGUACAGUGCGGACUCCAAGGGGGUGGAAAGCUAUUUUGCUUCGGACUACAUAACCCCUCGUAUGUUUUGUGAUUUCAGGAUUAUUUUUUUUCCCCUACGCAUGUGGAGCAACACAUACCCGCACAGUGGAAAUAAACUAAGAACAUAACAGACUUUAUGAUUUUUUGGGGAAUACUUGUACAAAGUUGGACAUCCUUUUUUCAAGGACAGAGAUAUUGAGCAACUCUUAUGGACUCAAAGUGGAUCCAGGAAAUAUUGUUCAUUUUAGAAACAGAAGUUUAAAUAUUGAACUAAGAUUAUAUUGAAGAAGCUAUUUCCCAAGUUCAGAUUGCCUUAGUUGUUCUAUUUCAGGACUUGAACCGCUUUGAUACUUGUUCACAUAUAAUUUUUCUAUAUUGUGGGCAAGUAUAUUCAUGCAUAUGAAUGCAAAUUUCUCUUCAUUUUGAAGAGCCCUUGUGUAAAAACUUGUUUUUUUUGUUGUGCUUGUACGUCAGUCACUCUUGUUGAAGGGGACCGAACUGCACGUACAUGUGUAUAUGUAAAUACUCUGAAUUGACUUCUGUUGUAAAAGCUUUGGACUUAAAAGAUUAGAGAAUAUUGUUUGUUAAUGCUUUAUUAAAUUUUUUUACUUUUGAAGAGAAUUUUUAAAAAGAAAAACCUAAGAGGCAAAAAUCUAAUACUUUCAAGAAAAUUCAACAAAAGUAAGGAAAAUAGGAAAAAUGGCAACUGCCAAAACGGAAAAUGUCGGCCCAGUUGUCAUGGGACUGAACAAGCAGAACGGGCAACUCAGAGGACAGACCAAACCAGCUUCAGUCCAGCCAGCUCCCACAAGUCAAGGCAAGAGUUUGGCUCCACCUCAGAAAGCAGGCAAUGCUCCUCAAGAAGGAGGAGGCAUCAAGUUUGGAGACGACUGGAAGAAGAGCCUAAAGCUCCCUCCCAAAGACAACAGGGUCAAAACCUCUGAUGUCACAUCCACUAAGGGGAAUGAAUUUGAAGAUUACUGUCUCAAACGAGAGCUCCUGAUGGGCAUCUUUGAAAUGGGUUGGGAAAAGCCAUCGCCUAUUCAGGAGGAGAGCAUUCCCAUUGCCCUGUCUGGACGGGAUAUUUUGGCCCGUGCUAAGAAUGGAACAGGAAAAAGUGGAGCCUAUCUCAUCCCAAUGCUGGAGAGAAUAGACCUGAAAAAGGACCACAUACAGGCAAUUGUAAUGGUGCCCACCCGUGAACUGGCUCUGCAAGUGAGCCAGAUCUGCAUCCAGAUCAGCAAACACCUGGGAGGAGUGAAAGUUAUGGCCACAACUGGAGGCACUAACUUGCGAGACGACAUCAUGCGCCUGGAUGAAACUGUGCAUGUGGUUAUUGCCACCCCUGGCAGAAUCCUUGACUUGAUAAAGAAGGGUGUGGCAAAGGUGGAUAGAGUCCAGAUGAUGAUCAUGGAUGAGGCGGAUAAACUGCUGUCUCAGGAUUUUGUGGUGCUCAUUGAGGAUAUCAUUAGCUUCCUGGCCAAGAACAGGCAGAUCCUGCUCUACUCUGCAACCUUCCCAAUCAGUGUGCAGAAGUUCAUGGCUAAGCACCUUCAGAAACCCUAUGAGAUAAACCUGAUGGAGGAGCUGACUCUGAAGGGCAUUACUCAGUACUACGCCUACGUCACAGAGAGGCAGAAAGUCCACUGCCUCAACACGCUGUUCUCCAGGCUUCAGAUCAACCAGUCAAUCAUCUUCUGCAACUCCACUCAAAGGGUUGAGCUUUUAGCCAAGAAGAUCACUCAGCUGGGUUACUCUUGCUUCUAUAUCCACGCCAAGAUGAUGCAGGAAUAUAGAAACCGUGUGUUCCAUGACUUCAGAAAUGGUCUGUGCAGAAACCUGGUCUGCACUGAUCUGUUCACCAGAGGUAUUGACAUCCAGGCCGUCAACGUCGUCAUCAACUUUGACUUCCCCAAGAAUGCUGAGACUUACCUUCAUCGUAUUGGGAGAUCAGGGAGGUUCGGUCACCUGGGCCUGGCUAUCAACCUGAUCACGUCAGAGGACCGUUUCAAUCUUAAGGCCAUCGAAGACCAGCUGGUGACUGACAUCAAGCCCAUCCCCAGUAGCAUCGACAAGAGCCUGUACGUGGCCGAAUACCACUGCUCCAACGCUGACUGUGAUGUGGAGGAGGUCGAAGAGAAGUCAGGACACCAACAGGACAGCACCUAAAACAGGACAGUUGGAUGCACCAGGCUUUUGCACAGACAUCAGCGCUUGCACACAGGCUUCAGGCAACUAUUCAGUUUCACAUUUCUUCCUCUUUUAAUUUCCCGCCUGUCAAGCGGAUGUUAAAGCUCUUUUCAUUUUGAAGCACCUCUUUAGUUUUACCUUUUAAAGUAAGCUGCCUCAUUAUUUUCCUAAAUUAGAUGCGAAAGUUAAACCAUAUUGUUUUGCACCAAACUCGAACUGAACAGAGCAUCCUGUGUAUGAGCUUAGAAUAUCUGACCUUCUCCCACUUUUCCAAAAAUAUACAUCAGGCAAAUAUCAGAGCUGUUUUGAGCCAUUGACAGUUUCCAUCACCAGCCGCAAGGUUGGCUUCCUCUUUAAUGUUACAGUAAUGCGCUGAACACCAGCCCUUGUUACGUCCACUUACACUGCUGUUGUCACUUAAGUGCCUUACUUACUCCCAUGUGCACUCAUCCAUUCAUAGCCUGCUGUUUCCUGUCAUGCAGCAGAGUACGAGCACAAACAAGACAAAUAAAACAUAACCUGAAUUUUUGUUUAGCAUCCAUUAUGCAAGGGAAAAAAGGUACUCCUGCUGGGAGGUGUCACAACACGACUCCUUGAAAACAUCCUGAAUGUGAACGUUUAUUUUUAAUGUGAACGUUGCAAUAAAAAAUAAGGGCAGCUUUAUUUAAAUACUGACUGUUUUCCCUUUCACUAUGAAUGAUACAUGUGCAGAGUUUUAACAAAAUGAGAGGACUACCUAAAGACAAAAGCCCCACACUGGUUCAGACGUUUGGCUGCACAAACAGCAUGGGAAACAAACGGCAGCCUCAUGCUGUUACAUUAAAGCCGUCAAAGGUGAUCUUACCACAGACAGCUCCUAUCUGGAGGCUCUUUUACAUAGAGAAAAACUUCACAUUUGGUUGGUGAAUACUGUAAAAACCCAUCAGCCACUGCAGCUGGUGGAUGGAAACUGUCUUUUUAUUCUCUCUUGUUUCGGUGCAUUGGCGGUUGGUUCAGAGCAGCUUUGAAAAAAGAAUCCACAUUUUUAACCUGAUGCAAAGGAGAUGAAUUGAUGGUUAUCACAUGUCCAGAGUUAUUGGUGCAAAAUGCUGUGGUGUAACUUUGUCAUUUUUCUCUUUUCCCCAUUUAAAGAUGAAUUACAUGAGCAUUUUUUUCGGAUCCUGAGCUAAAACUCAGGCCCCAUCAUAACAAAUUGAAGUUGGUGAAUGUAUCUGUUGCCAAGUAAAUGUAUAUUUUGCAGCCCAGUGGUUGAAUGCCAAGCUCUUAAGCAUUGUUGUCAUUUGUGUUGCUGCUGCUCGAUGAUCUAUUCAGUAAAACUCGUCUUCAGAAUAGUUUUGAUUUCAUGGAACAGUAAAAGCUCUCGUGGACCGCAGGGUGAUGAAACCUGCUCAGCCUUUGAGGACCACUUCAACUUGUAAUUGAGUUAUGACACAAAAAAAAAAAACAGAACAAAUAGUUUCUUUCUGCAGCAGCAGCCAUAAACCUUUUCCUUUUUGUGUAUUUUUUGUUGUUUUUCCCCUGGCACAGCUUUUGUUUUCUAAUUCUAAAAAUGUGAGGAUGAUCUUUACAAGGGGCGGGCUCUGUGUUUUGAAAGCAAAAUUGUAGCAUCUUUGAAAAGGCAGCUGUGACUUUUUUUUGUCCUCCCCUUACAGAGCGUUACUAACGAUAAAAAAAGACAUAAAAAAGAGAGUAUUUUUGCUUUUAAGACUUAUUUUUGAUGUUGCUUAAAGCAGUUUGGAGGGGGCGGGGGCUCUGUGAAGGUGAAAUCCUGGAGGUUUUUCGGGUGGGUUUGCAGAAGCCAAGUGUUUAUCAGAUGCUCUGUGGAGCAUCUUGAAUCUUUCCUUCUCUCUGGUACUUAAAGCUUCCAGCAGAACAGUGAAAACGAAAAACCCUUAGUGUUUUAAGUGCGAGAGAGAGAGAGAGCGCUAAGUAAUACACAGGAGGGAGUUUCUGGAAAGCGUUGAAGCACUGUGAUCUUCUUGAACCUGUUCCAUGUCGACGUGACAGAUGAUCAAAGUGCUGUGAUUUAUUUUCAGCAACUCAGUCCAUUUCCACUAGGGCAAUCUUUAUACGAGGUGUUGUGAAUCAUUUUGAGGAAACUAAAUUGUAAAUGAUUCAUUGUUUACACUAGUCGUUUACAAUUACACAAAAAAGAAAAUACUUUGCUUCAUGGGUGGUGGAGAUUUUUUUUUUUUUCUUCCUUGAAAUAGGUUUUCAGGAUUUACAUUGAAGCAAAACCAAAAAGUGGAAUGUGUGCAUGAGUGUGAAAGUGUGAAAGAGACGGUGAGGUGUGUGUUUGUUGUGUGUGUUAAAGAAUGAGGGAUGUAUGUUUGAGUUUUAAGAAAUACUACGAUUACAUGCAGCUUCAACUGGUGUUUUAGAAAAUCGUUUUCAUUCAAUUGGAACCAGCUUGAUUUCCUCCUCAGUGCAAAUUCAAUUGUCGCUGCAUGUAAACGCGGUUCAAGCUGUCUUUUUUUUUUUUUUUCAUGUGCUUUCAUUUGCAGAUUCGUCUUGUGCGUUUUUGUUGGCGAUAUGCAACGUCUUAAAUAUCUGUAUGGGUGUUUACAGUUGUCAGGGAUGUGACUUCUGUUUGUUUUUUUUUCCCCAAUUUCCAUUCUUCUAUUGAGUUUUCUAGACAUUUAAUUUCUAAUGACAAAUGACCACUUUACUGUUCUUCUUGAUGUUUUGUGUUCUUAAGCGCAUCCCUGACAAUCAUUCCCUGAUCUCCUUUGUGACCCAAAAGUCCAAAAAAAAAAAAAAAGGCAGAGAUGCACCUAAAAAUAAAAUACAUCGCAGUCAGUUCAUAGGGUAAUCAGAUGUUUUAGGCAUCAUCUUGAAAGCAGCAGUUCAAUCCAACUUUGGUGUUGUUUUUUUUUGCGGAGGGGUUACUCGCAAAAAUAGCAGCAUGAAGUAGGGUUGAAACUCUUCGAGCACGCAAAAGUAAUGAUCUGUUAGACCUCAUACAGUCACAAAGGAGGUUUUGACGAAUGCAGUCAUGAAUGUUGAGUUGAUUUUUGUCAUCUGGUGGUUGUCAAGACGUCUUUGUCUGUGUGUUUGCGCUCUGACCGCACAAGUCAGGAGUGCUUAAUGGGGGGAGGGAUAUUUGUCAGAAACUUGUCUCAAAGUAUCUGUUAAAAAAAAUAAAAAUAAAAAAAAAAGAAGGAAAAGUUUACGAAGAGGGUGAGGAUUUGGGUAGAAAUAACUCGAGGCUCAGUGAAUUCUCAAUUAGUAUUAAAAAUAUAAGGGCCUCAACUGAAAUAAUAAUGGCUGAUGUUGAUAUUAAUGUGCAAAGCUGAAUUUGAAUUGGAUCUCUUUAAUUUGCUGCACUAAUGUAGACUCACCCACGCUUCAGACCAUUUCAGCCAGGUUAAAUGUUAAAAUUGGCACAAUUGAUGUUAAAAAUAAAUAAAUAAAAUUUAAAAAAUAAGCGGAGAAUAAACUUAUUGCAGUAUUUCCCCUUCAGCAUGGAUAGAAAACAGUGCUCUGUAGACUCUUAAUCAGCUUUUUAAAAAAUUGUAUUUAUUUUUUGGCAUAGCAGAGAAUAAUAUAAGCGUUUUCUCUACAAUUUGGAAAGAAUGUGGUUCUAAUUGUCUGUCAUCCCAAAGGAGCUUCAGCAUCCUGUGGAUUUGAUUUGUUUAGUUUUUAUACCUCAUUUCUCCUAAAACAAGUCAGACAAGUUUUAAAAACCAAAAAGCAGAUGCCAUUUGCUAGUCAGUAACUUUAUCUUCUGUUAUUGUCCUAUUUUCUUUCCUUCCUGAUCUGAUUUUGAUUGAGUUUUAUUUCAAAAGUGUCAUUUACAAUGCUGAAGUAAUGUUUUUGUCCCCCUUUUUUUUCUUUUCUUUUUUUGUUCUUAAAAAUGCAGUAAACUGAAGGUCGAGAUAUUCAACAACUUGUGUUAAUCACUGUCUCUGUCCUACUGUUGUAAAGGUGAAAUACAUGCAGGGUUUUGAAAAUGAAUAAAUUGAACUGAAACAUA